GGCCGCCGGGUGUUUCGCCUUUGGCUGCGCCAACUCUGUGCUGCUGCAGAACUACUCCCGGCUGCAUCUGCCCCACGUGCGCCGGCGCCUGGAGCGCCGCCUCAAGGAGCUGUCCCAACAGAAGGACUCCCUGCUGCGAGAUGUGCAGCAGGUACAGAGGGUGUCCCGACGGACAGGCAUGGUACAGGUCCGAGCCCACAUCUUCCUACAGAGCGUCAACGUGAUCCGCAACAUGGACUACCUGACGCGCUGCAUUAAGACCGAGGUGCAAAGGCUCUCUGGCGACAAGAAGGCGCGCAAGGCCCAGCUGCCCAAGCGCCUGGUGGCCAACGGCCUGCAGCUCCUGCUGGUGCUUCUUCCGCACAGCUCGCCCCAGUGGCAACAGGAAGCGCUCGGAGGAGAGAGCUGCACGGAGCUGGCUUCCAUGCUCUUCGCGCGGCGAGGCGCGAACGGGGCCCAGCUGCUGAGCGCGGGCUACGAGGAUGCCCGGAAGCGGCUUUGGCUGCUCUUUCGGAUGGUGCACCUCAGCUCGGCCAUCCCCGGGGAAGUGCAGGGCAAGCUUAGCGCGCUCAUGGACGGCUACCUGCGACCUGUGCUGGUGGAGCGACGGCUGCCUACGGGCUACCAGCUACACGGCUCGGACUCGCAGGCCAUGCUAGAAGAUGGGCAGAAGCGAGGAAUCGAGGACGACGAGGAGGAGCCGCGGACAGGGCGCAAGCCAGGUUGACUGAAAGGAGGCAACCGGAUGUUUCUGUUGGCGAAGUGAUAGGCCUGAGCCAGCAGAUAUAGUGACAAUGUCGGCAGAAGUUUGUCCUAGUGAUCUCUUGCAUUCCUUUUGAUCCACGUUGAGCCAGCUUUGUAUCCUGUCCUUUCUGUGGAUUUUCUUCUUUUUGAGCCAUGUUCCAAUGGAAGAGUCCAGUGGUUUCCCUGUGGCUCUCCCAUGGAUUUUUUCAACGCGUCAUUGGUGCAAGGCGAUUGGCCCGGCCAUGCCCGGAAGCGCUUGCGUUGGCUUGGUCCGCAUUGAACGAAGCGGCGCAUGGGCUCGUUGAAGGAGCCAAAGCCAUGAUUCAUGCCCCUCGUCUUUUGGGGGAUCUCAUUGGCUUCGACUUUUGCAUUGGUGAUGGGAGUGACCGUGCUCCAAAGUGAGACCAGCCUGAUAAGAACAGCCUGCAACAUGGCAGGGGAUUGUUUGAGUCUGCACCGUACCAACGGUUUCUUUGCUGCACGCCCACACCGCCUGAGAAGGGA